UCCUUCUCAGCCAGUAGCCAUCUUUUUCCUCCUUCUCCGAUCACCAUCACCACCAUCAUCUUAUCGAUUUCAUCAUCACCACAGCCGGCAACCACCUCCCUCCUUCGUCACAGUCGGCAACCACCUCACUUCUCCAAACCCGCUGGCAAUUGAACUCCUUUUCCAUGCCCAAAAAUUCUUGGGUUUUCUCUUCCCCUUCCAUGCGACCCCUGGCUUCUGCCUCUUCCCUCGGUUUCCUUCUCUUCCUCAUGCAGCCCUCGAUUUCACCCUCGUCUUCCUAUUGCAGAGCAACCGGCAGCCAUCUCUCAAAAAGGAAGCCGGCGAUCCUCUUCCCCUUCUUCGGUUCCAUACCUUCUGAUCUCAUCAUCUCCAACUCCCUUCAAUGUCAAACCCACCUUCCGAGCUAUUUCUACAGCCAAGCACCCACCAUGCCGGCGAGUGAACAGCGGAACAGGGGUAAUUGAAGCUGGAUCUGUUGAUUGGUGAUGGAGGUGACGUUCACGCGAAGCUCCGGCGACUCGGCGAGAUUUCGAUAUCCCUGCGGCUGGACUAGAUUUGCAAAUCUAUGCCAGCUAUGGAUCACGAGUGGCCAAAAGGGUAAAGAUCGAAGAGGCCCAAAUUGCAUGUUGCAGAUUUUGGUAAAGAAGAAACCGAUUUGAAAGGCCCAAAAAUUGUGGAUCUAAAAGGCCCGAAGAGUUGAUUUCUGGAAUGUUCCUUUUAGGGUUUCUUUAUUUGGGUAUAAAUAGAGGGUUUUAGGUUAGAAAAGGAGAGGUCUCGGUUUUGGUUUUGGGUGUGGAGAACGGCGGCAGAAAAGGAGAGGAAUUUGGCUAGAAGGAGUCGGUGAUUCGGGAGAAGAUUUUGGUCUAUUUUGUAGGAAAUUUUCUUAACAGAGGAGUUUUUGUGGGAACGGUGGUGAAGGGGACGAUGGGAUCCUGGUCUCGUGGGUGGGAUCCCUCACAUCAGAUAUGGAUCUAUUUUCCUCAGAAAACUCUGCCGUGGGUGUUGCUUUGUUUGCUGAUUUCUCUUUCUGUAUUUUUCAUUUAGUCUUCAGUUUAAGAUUGUAUAUGUUUUGUUGAGAAAUGAAUGAAAGAUCAUAGAUAUUCCUGAUGAAUCUGUUCAUCUUUUCGCUGGAAAUGAGAUGUAUU